UGUUGUAGUUUUAGUGACGAUUCAUCACAAUUAGCAGCAGGCUUUGGGUCGGGUCGUAUUCGUGUAUGGUCUUUAGGUCCUGAAUCUUUAAGGCGUAUGCUUCCAGCUUCAGAGUUGAGUUUGUUAGAUAAGGAUGAUUCAAGAGUGAAAACUAAUAUGUUGUAUGAUGAAAAUGGUAAGCUACUCUAUGUAAAAUGUGUGUAUGCAACUUUAUGGGUUUUGUAAAAAUGUGGUUAUUUUAAAAGUUUACUGUCUGUUUUUUAACAUUUGCGUGAUAACCAUAUGUUGUAGAGUGCUUUCCUGUGAUUUUCAAUUGAUUCAUUAUUUUGUAGCUACUUGUAAAAACUGCGUAUUUCAAGCCUAGUCUACAUAUAUCUGUAGAAUUCGUGCACACGCAAAUGUUUCUCACACUUUCUCACAAAUUAUUUUUCAAAGGGAGUACUAGCAGCAGUAUUUUGUGUUCAUGUAAGUCGAAGAAAUAUCUAGUGCAAUUGACAUAUGGAAACUACCAAGGGACUUCAUGAUGUCUCUAUAUAGUUUUGCUCGUAUACAGUAGGGCCAGCAAGUAACCAGUACUGAAGAUAGAUUCAGAGCCCUAGAUAAUGACCAUAAAUCAGUAAGUCAGCUGGUUUCCACUUAUCUUCUCUGUGUUAAUUGUGGUCAUUUUAGUAUAUGGCAUUUACAUCAAUAGCAUCAAAGUGUUUUUGGAUAAAAAAUAGCUAGAGAAGCCAUUGCACCUAUUUAUUCGCAAAGUUCAAAACAUUCAUUACAUUAUUCUGAAAGUUGAUUAGUUAGCCUAGCCUAAUCUACAUCUAAUAAUCAUAUUUUCCAUGUAAAUUUGUAGAAGAAUACAGCAUUCACAUAUCUUAAGCUACCGAUUAUUUCAAAAUAGACUGAGGUCAUAUUUCCAGAAAUUACACAAUUGUUUCGUCUGACUUUUUUCAUACGUUUGACGUGCAUGUAUAGGAGUAGUUUUCGAAAGCUUCAUGUGUCGCUAUAUUUAGUAAGGUUAUGCGUAGUUAUUCACUGCCUUUCACUUGUCUUUCAAAGAUGUGCUAUCUUCGAUGAACAGGUCUUUAAUCUGAUAUAUUCAUGUUUGACUUUAAUUCUAUGUGAUCUAUCCAAAUUGGCGUUAGUAAGUAAUAUCCAUAUUAAAGUUGUUUAUUGAGACACUCAAAUUUUAUUGUCCAGAUGCAAAUAAAGCUUUUGAUCAGCAUAGACGGUUUGUGGUGUCCAGCUAAGUUUCGUCAUAAAGUUUUGCAAAUGUGUUGGGGGAUUCCAGCUAAAGAGUUACUGUUGUACAUCCACUUGAUAACUUAUUAUUUUCCUUCCAGUAAAGGCGAUGCACACAUUGGUAAGGGUUUGAAAAAAAUCUAAGUCUGUAUUUAACAUUGGCUCUCAAGGUUGGUGUGUUUUCGAGUACUUUAACUAUGAACGAAGUCACAUGAUACCUGUAUAACAAUUUUAGAAAGUGUUGUAUCUGUAUAUGAAAUAAACAGAAACGACUGUUUCGUGUUCGUAAGUUUGCAUUCCUGUGCAGAUCUUAUGAGGCGUGUAUAGAAUAAUUUUCUCGGCUAGUCUGAGUAUAAGUAAAAUAGAUGACUAAAUGACAAUAAUAGAAGGAGUAAGUAACUAGAUAAAUUCAUUGCGUUAGUGACUGCUUUCUGUUCAUGCUAAUGUUGUGAUGUUGAUUUGCUUGGUUUUUCUUUAUCAUUUUAGUGAGACUCAUUUAACUCGAGAUCUAUUAGGCCAUUUGGGUAGUGUUUUUGGAGUUGCAUUUAGUCCCGAUCGCCAACUAAUUGCUUCAGCGAGUUCCGAUGGUACUGUGCGAUUAUGGUCAACUUUGAUUUGGGGUGGAGCUUUAACAGCCUGGCGUGAUCAUCUGCUGCCUGUUUGGUGUGUUACUUGGGCACCUACUUAUGGUCAUUAUAUAGCAACAGGAGGUGCUGAUCGUAGUGCUCAUUUAUAUGCUACUGAUCAUGCACCAGAUGCUUUACGUGUUUUCGUUGGACACAAAGCGGAUGUGACAUCCGUCUGUUUGCAUCCAAAUGUUAAUUAUCUUGCAACCGGCAGUGCUGAUCGAACUGUUCGAUUAUUUGAUGUCCGUUCUGGAAAAAUGACAAGAGUGUACACAGGCCAUAAGGGUUCUGUACAGAGUCUAGCAUUUUCACCCUGUGGACGUUAUUUAGCCAGUGGUGGUUGGUGUGGUACUACAUGUCUUUGGGACUUGGGAUCUGGUCUUCAAGUUGGUCAGUUGGGAGGAUAUUCAGCAUCUCGAGCUACUGCCACUGCAUCAAGCAAUGAGUUUGACUCUCAAGAUUCAAGUCAAUGGUUAACUGGUCCAGUUGUAUCUCUCGCUUUCUGUCCAGGUAAUUCAGGACGUCUUGCUGCAGGUGGUCUCGAGGGUGCAUUGCGAAUAUGGAAUACAGUUAAUGGUUGGUCAACUGCUACUAGCACAUCAUCUGGGAGUAAUGCUGAUGAUAAAAGUUCAAAAACUAACCUUUUGGCAUUGCAUAGAUUUACUAAACAGCAGUUAGUUCGUCAAACAGGCAAAAGCAUUAAAGGAAGUGGAUCUAGUGGGCAAAAUAUGCUGGGCUAUUAUUCACCAGCAACGGGUCCUGAUGUUUCUGAUGCCUGUGCCAAUGAGGUGUUCUACACUAGACGUACUUCAAUUCUUGGAUUACACUAUGUUCAUCCGUAUCUCCUUUUGGCUGCUGGACCAUAUAAUCAAAAUUGAUUUUUAUAAUUAGUAUCAUUCUUUGUACAGUUAACUUUUGUAUUGUAAUUUUCAGUAAAUUACUUAUUUUUAUCACUGCUCUUUGUGGUUACUCGUGAUGCGUUUCACCGUAGGUAUUCUAAAUUUAAAACUCGAGAAAUAAAAGGUUGCCGGAGUUAAUAAUAUUUCAUGGAGCAUUCCAUUUUCUCAGGAUAAGCCGAUACUAAGCAGUUAAAGGUCCAAAGCAUUAUUAUGAGUUUAUGAAUCUUAAACAAAGCGCUUCUUAUAUGGUGUCUUUUGACUAAGAGCAAAAAUUAGGCCAUCUGUAAAAUGUUUCAACACUUUCUUGUCAGAGAAAAGAAAUUUGUUAAUAGCCAAGAGGUUAGAAUACUUCUUCAAAUCCCUUAUUUCCGAUAUUAAUAUAUGCUUAGUCUUGAUGUUGUCUCUCAUAGGUUGUAACUUGAAAAAUCUGACUAUUGUGAAGUCUUAUUUCAUUAGAAAAAAAUAGUAUAUUCAACACCAUAGAUUUUCAGUUUAUCCCCGAUAGAGACCUGAUACUUUAAAUGUUAGCCAUUUGUAUUUACUACUAGUGAGUAGUAUGAACAUUUUUUCUUCGCUAAAUUAGAGAAUGGAUCACUGAAAGGAGUAAUUAAUGACAUGGAUUUCUGUUGUCGAUAUAUGGAUGAUACAUUUGUGGUUAUGAAAGAUGAGAAUGAUGCCAUGAAUAUCCUUGACAAGUUUAAUGAUGCACAUUCAGCGAUAAACUUUACCAUAGAGGAAGAAAGUAAUGACAGUAUCUCAUUCCUAGACGUCUUCAUGGUAAGGAGAGAAGAUUGCACACUAAGAAGAAGUGUGUAUAGGAAGCCUACAACAACAGGUCAGUACACUCAUUUUUUGAGUUCUGUACCUUUGAAAUGUAAACGUAACCUCGUGAAGUGUCUGGCUCAUAGAGCUAGGUUAAUCUGUUCAGACGACUGCCUCAAUGAGGAGCUUAAGAUUAUUAGAGAAUUACUUGGGAAAAAUGGCUAUCCAGAUAAAUUCAUUGAGAAAAAAAUAUAAAUUCAGCUCCAAGGAGAGUCAGUAUGGCCACAGUCCCGAAUAAACCAAUGUUCAUAAAAUUGCAGUUCCUCGGUGACAACAUCAGCGAAUUAAUAACACAGCGCCUGAAGAAUGCAGUUAAAAGAACUUAUUAUGCAGCAGAGGUACGUUGUCUCUUUACAACCACACCUAUUUUAUGUUCGAGAAAUAAGGAUAAACUACCUAAAUUCGCCUCCUCUAUGUGUAUCU